AUGCUAUCUUCAAAUGUGAAACAAAGCUCAAAAUUCUGCAAAUGCUAUUGUUGCUUAAAUCCCAUAAUAAGCUUUCCCAGUUCUUUGGAUUACCAAAACUCAGGAAAUGUUAAUUCCUCAACAUUUCAUUAUGACUUUGCAACUGCAACUACUUCAUCUCUUUAUCCACAUACACAAUUCACAAACUCAGAAUCACUCCCAUCUUUACCAGAAUCAUUCCGUAGCUUCACAAGAUCAUUCCCUCAGUACUUAACUACCGUUGAAGCUGAUCAAAUACGCGCCAACGAUUACCGCCAUCUUUAUCUUUCUUCUCAUGUUUGCCUUGAUUAUAGUGGUCAUGCCCUCUUCACAUUUUCACAGCAACAACAACAACAACAAAGUGGUGAGUUCAUUGCUUCUUCAUCUUCAAAUUCUCAUCAUAAAACACAAAGAGUAUCUUCUAUUGAGAUUUCUCAUAAGGCAAAUGAAUCAUUAUCAUUAGAGUUUGAGGAUAAACUAAGGAGAAGAAUCAUGAGGUACUUAAAUGUCUCAGAAGAUGAUUACUCCAUGUUUUUUACUGCUAACCAAACAUCCGCUUUCGGAUUAUUGGCAGAAUCAUACCCUUUUCAGACCAAUAAGAAUCUUAUUACUGUAUAUGAUCAUGAAAAUGAAGCUGUAGAAACAAUGGUUAAGUGUUCAAAGAACAAGGGAGCUCGAGCUUUAGCAGCCGAGUUCAAGUGGCCUAAAUUGAAAAUUUAUCGUGAAAAAUUAGAGGAAAUGGUGUUAGGAAGUUUUAGGAAGAAGAAACAGAACAAAGGAUUGUUUGUAUUUCCUGUACAAUCAAGAGUUAGUGGAGCAAGAUAUUCUUAUCAAUGGAUGAAUUUAGCAAGGGAAUAUGGAUGGCAUGUUUUACUUGAUGCUAGUGCACUUCAUCCUAAGGAAAUGGACACUUUAGGACUCUCCUUAUUUCAGCCUGAUUUUAUAGUAUGCACAUUUUAUAAAGUUUUUGGCGAAGAUCCAUCAGGAUUUUCUUGCCUACUUGUGAAGAAAUCGAUUUCUCCGAUAUUGAAUCAUUCAUAUAUAUCAACCUCCCCAGGAAAUAUGAGUGUAACAAAAAAUGAUCAAGGAGAAUUUAACGAAUGUGAUGUAGAAUGUAAAGGACUAGACCAAGCAGACGCGCUUGGUCUAGUCCUAAUUGGUAAUAGGGUAAGGUGUGUAAUCAAUUGGCUAACAAAUGCAUUGUUAGCUCUUUAUCAUCCACAUUCAGAAAGAGGGACACAACUUGUACAAGUUUACGGGCCACGAGUGAAAUUCGAACGAGGAUCUUCAUUGGCAUUCAAUGUUUUCGAUUGGAAAGGCGAUAGGGUGGAUCCGAUGCUAGUACAAAAGCUUGCUGAUAGAAGUAACAUUUCACUUGGUUGUGGGUUGUUAAAACAUGUAUGGUUUUCUGAAAGAUAUGAAGUUGAAAGGGAAAAAAUUAUGGUUAAAGAGCCUAAAGAAGGGAGGAAAAAAUGUAAAGGGAAGAAAAAAGAAAGGUCUGAAAGUGGGAUAUCAGUUGUUACAGCUAAUAUUGGUUAUUUAUCAAACUUUGAAGAUGUUUAUAUGGUAUGGAACUUUGUUUCUAAGUUCUUGGAUGCUGAUUUUGUUGAGAAAGAGAGGUGGAGAUAUACAGCACUUAAUCAGAAAUCUAUUGAAGUAUGA